AUGGAAGCUGGAUGUGGACCUGAAGACGCUUUAACUGGGGGAAUCCUCGGCCACGAAGAAUACCAUUUAAGGCAGUUCCAUUUCCACUGGGGACUCACCGACCAUACUGGCUCAGAACAUACGGUCAAUGGGAAACACUAUGCUGCAGAGCUUCAUUUCGUGACCUAUGACCCUAAACAAUACGGAACAUUUAAGGAGGCUGUUACCAAAAGGGGUGGUGUGGCUGUCCUUGCGGUUUUCAUCAAGGUUGGAAAACAGGACCAUAGAGAAUUCCGAAAGCUCUGUGAUCUGAUGCGCUCAGUCGAGAAAGCUCACACCAGCUGCCACAUGAAGGGUGUUUUUCAUCCCUCUAAACUGCUGCCGUCUGAUACAACCAAGUAUUAUACAUACUCUGGAUCUCUAACCACGCCCCCUUUGUCGGAAUGUGUCACGUGGAUAGUGAUGGAAGAACCCAUCCAUGUGUCUGAACACCAGCUGAAAUGCCUGAGACAGCUUGAAGAUGCACAUGGAAGAUACAUUGACGACAACCUCCGACCCACCAUGCCACUUGGAGACAGGGUUGUCAAAGCGUCCUUCAAGUGA